AACCAGUUUCUGUAAUCUGAAGAAAAGAAAACAAACAUGUCGACAGCAACUUUUGUAGACAUACUUUUGGCCAUUAUCUUGCCACCUCUUGGUGUGUUCUUGAAAUUCGGUUGCCAGGUGGAGUUUUGGAUAUGUCUUGUGCUCACUUUCCUUGGAUACAUUCCUGGAAUUAUAUAUGCAAUUUUUGUUCUUACCAAGUGAUCUUCGAUCAUAUAACUCUUCAAGUCAGACCAUUUAGGGUUUGGUAUAAAAUGGGACAUAAUAAUAUAUAAUAUUAUUGACAGGUGGGGGAGAUAGGAUGGGGACAACCAUUUUUGGAAGAUCAUCUAUUUUGUUUUCCUUGUAAAGUGGAUAUGAUUUGAAGGAGUUUUACAACUGUCUGUUUUAAUUAUUAAUGGUGGAUAUUUGUUUGUGUUAAUUUGUUUUUAAUUAAAUAUUAAUGUUUGUUGGGUGGUUUCAUUU